UUUACAUAUGAGAGGAUGAGAGCGAGGGAGAGAAAGCGAGAGAGAGCGAGAGAGAAAUCCCACCAUUGUUCUUUCCAGAAACCCUUGGUCUCUUCUUUCUGAUUCAAACUUCAAUGGCUGCCAUCCCUGAGAGGACUCGCUCCCUCCACAACUUCUCUUUCCCCAAAUGGGGAAUCCAAAAAAACCUCAGGCUCAGGUGCAUCAAAACCAAUCCAAACGGAGACAUCUCAUCUCCCUUUCGAUCAUCAAUCCCAGAAUCCGACGGUCCAAACCGCUCCAGAACCUACCUCCAGCCCCUCCUUCAAUCCCCUCCUCCUUCUUCUACCCCUCCCUCAAGCCCGAAAUUACAAAACGCGCCAUCGGUCCGGAGAAAGGACGGCGACUUGAAGCUCCGGAUCUAUUGCCGCAAGUCAAGGACAGAGAAGGAAGGAGAGUCGAAUCAGCUUCCGUCCGUUGAUCGGCGGACCGAAAUCUGCGCUGCCGUGGAAGUGGAGAAAGAGGCAGAACUGCCGAGGAAGAAGCCGUGGAAUCUGAGAGAGAAGAUAUCCUGUCCCAAUGCGCGGAAUAGGAUUGGGAAUUUUUCUGCUCUGAUUCCGCCGCCAGCAGGGAAUAAGUUGAAAUCUCAGCGGUUGAGGGCGUUGGCUGCCGCAGCCUGCAGCGGAGAGAAUGGCAAGAAGGAGAAGUUGGAGUUCUCGAUCUCUCUGUCGAGGAAAGAGAUAGAAGAGGAUUUCAUGGCGAUUACAGGAUCGAAGCCUCCUCGGCGGCCGAAGAAGAGACCAAAGAAUAUACAGAAGAUAUUGGAUGCGAAUUUCCCUGGUUUAUUGUUAUCUGAGAUUACUCCUGAUUCAUACGGAAUUCCUGAUGUUCAUAUAUCUACAAAGAGGUAGAUAGAUACAAUCCUAACAGGAGUUUUAAUCUCUACUGAUUUUUUAGCCAGCGAAUCGCUGCUGCAUUGAGGCCCCUUCAAUCCAAGGUAUAUCUCACCAGGAAUCUGUAUAUAUGAGAAACAAAAAGAAUGAAAAAAAUGACAUUAUGUUCAGUUUUUGGCUUUUGUUUGAUGUGAUCCCAGUAUUAGUUACUAUAAAUAUCUCACUAAUAUUAUCAAUUCAAAUGAUUCUUGUUUUCA